AUGGCGCCCGCGUGCUCGAAGAAACGCGUGCGCGCGCUCACGUCGAACACGGAGCCGAUGGCGAGCGCGACGGCGCCGGUGAUGUACUGGAUGUCCAGGGACCAACGCGUGGAUGAUAACUGGGCGCUGUUGCGAGCGUGCGACCUCGCGCGCGAACGAGGGGCCCCGGUGGUGAUCGCGUUCAAUCUGUUGACCAAGUACCUCGGUGCGGGGGCGCGGCAGUUCGGAUUCAUGCUCAGGGGGUUGCGAGAGCUCGAGGCGAAGGCGCGCGCGGCGAAGGCGACGUUCGCGAUGACGUACGGCGACGAACCGGCGGCGGCCAUCGAUGCGCUGGCGAAGAAGAUCGGGGCGAAGACGAUCGUGUGUGAUUUUUCACCUCUGCGAGAUGGUGUGCGAUGGCGAAAAGAUCUCGCGGUGUUGAGUGAGAAGCGGGGCGCGCACGUGGAGGAGUGCGACGCGCACAACGUCGUUCCGUGCUGGGAGGCGAGCGAUAAGCUCGAGGUGGGCGCGCGCACGCUUCGAGGACGAUUAGCGAAGCGAUACCCGGAGUUUUUGAAGGAGUUCCCGGCGAUUCCGGACGAUCUCGUCGAGUACGACGGUCCCGCGAUCGACGCGGUGAAGUGGGACGACCUCCUCGCCGAGGCGCUCAAGCGAGGCGAAGCCGUCCCGGAGGUGACGUGGGCCAUUCCGGGUGAGACCGCGGCGAGAGCGGUGUUGGAUGAUUUCGUGGCGAAUCGGAUGAAACUAUACGAAAAGCGUAACGAUCCAUCCAAGCCCCGGGCUUUGAGCGGUCUGUCCCCGUGGUUGCACUUUGGCCAAAUUUCCGCGCAGCGGUGCGCGCUCGAGGCGAAGAAAGCCGUCGGUAAGGCGUCUCCAGCGGCGUACGAUAGCUUCUUCGAGGAGCUCGUCGUUCGCCGCGAACUCGCGGAUAACUUUUGCUAUUAUUGCCCAGGUCAGAAGUACGACGAGAUGGAGGGACAAAAGUACGAUUGGGCAAAGGAUACGUUGCGCGCGCACGCGGGCGACAAGCGACCGUACAUUUACACCCUCGAACAGCUCGAGCGAGCUCAAACGCACGACGAUUUGUGGAACGCGGCGCAGCGAGAAUUGCGCUAUGGGGGCAAGAUGCACGGCUUCUGCCGCAUGUACUGGGCCAAGAAGAUCCUGGAGUGGACCGAGUCCCCCGAACAAGCGCUCAAGUGGUCCAUCUACCUGAAUGACACGUAUUCUCUUGACGGUCGCGAUCCGAGCGGGUAUGUCGGCUGCAUGUGGUCCAUCGUCGGUGUUCACGACCAAGGUUGGAAAGAGCGCGAGGUUUUCGGUAAGAUUCGUUACAUGGCGUACGACAGCACGAAGAAGAAGUUUAACAUUCCAGACUACAUCGCGCGCGUGAACGCGCUCGUCAAGGCGGCCAAGUCUGACUUCAAGACGGGCGAGAAAUCAUCCGCCGCGAAUCCUGGUCUGUUCAGCAUCGAUGUCUCGGGCGUGAAGCGUAAGGCGGACGCCAUGGCGUGA